UUUUUGAGUUGAAGGGUAGCUGGGCUGGAGUAUGUGGGGAGUGGGGGCAGUGCAGGAACUAGAGUGAGGCAUGAGAGGUAAGAAGGCACUCACUCUCAGGGUCCUGCAUUUACUGAUACUGCACUUAAAUUACUCACUAGGUGCAUCCCUGGCCUCACCCUAGUCUCAGCCCUGCAUGUGGGGACAGACUGGCUCUAGGGAGGGAGGUGGUACAGUACUCUUCUCCACCCCUGGGGGGCAGAUGCUGAGAGAAUGGAAUUUUACAAAGGCAGUGGGGACUGGCUUGGUGGUGAACUUCCCAACCACUUAAAGCUGUAAUUCCAGGUGUGGUAGCCAAAAGACUCCUGAAGGGCAAGAUUUUUGUCAGGAUCCCCUGGUCUGGGGCCUAAUAGCAAGCGCACGGCAUGAGAAUAGGCAUCUGGGUAGAAGACAGUCUGAGGGGCACUGAGGUGCCACCUGGACCCCUUCAUCUUCGUAGAGAAGGAGGGCUCCUUGCCUGGUUUCUCAUGGGAGUAGAGGGUAAAAGCCUGAAGGGUGCCCCUGCCACCUCUGACAAACAUAUUUGAGGGUCAACAUCCACGGCUGGCACUGCCUGGUGCCUUUACCUCGCUAGAUUAUGCGGAUCUCUGGGGCAGGUGUUUCCAGGUGUGGAUUUGAGACAAAAGAACCAGGAAGCGGGGCCUCCCAGAGCACAGGUAACCCGAGGCCCUGUCGCCCUGCUUGCGCCGCUCCCCCUGCUCUUGUGGGCUGGCCUUGGGGGGUGGGGGGCGCACGCUCACGGAAGGGCUCAGAGGACUUCGCGGUUCAAGGUCCGUAGAGAACGGGGGGAGGGAGUAAUCCAGGAAGUCUUCCCGGUGGCAGUGAAUUCUUAGUGGGGGAUCGGCCGCGCGGAAUCCCCUGCGGGCGCAGCUGGGUGCAGAAGCCCCGCCCCUCGCCCCGCCCACCUGUGGGAAACACUGGCCCGGAGGGAGGCAAGGCCCGCGCCCGCAGCUGGCUGCACCUCGUCCUCUGCCCCGGCCUCAGCCAGCGCCCGGGCUUCUGCAGAGGUACUGACCGUGGCAAAGGGGCCCCUCGUGCUGCCGAGUUGGGGAGACCUCGGGAAGAUCCCUUCGCCAAGCGCGACUGCCGCGGUCCCCGGCCGUCUGCGGGGGGGUGGGGCGUGCCUGAGGUGGCUCCCACAGGCGACCCACGGGCGCGCGGCAGCUGCAGCUCCCGCCUUCCCGCACCGAGACCUCGGUCCUCUCCAGCGCCCGCCGCCUCGGGGCGCCUGACACGCGGCAGCUCCACGAGGUAGGUCCUUCAUUCCUCCCAUUUCGCAGAGGAGAAAACUGCAGUCCGGGAUGGCUCAGUCGGCCCGUCCAAAGUCGCACAGCUGGUUCGGGCCGAGCCCCGACUGCGAGAGUGAGGCACAUGGCCCCUGCAGACCGGGCCUCGGAGGGUCCCAGGCUUGAGGACCCGUCGGCCCCCCACCCCCUUGGAAAGGCAAGGAGAGGAGCCUGCGCUGGUAGUGAGCCUCCACUUCUUCCCUUGACUGCAACACCCUAGUGCCCCCUUGGCUUAGUCAUGGCGAAGCUGGAGACACUGCCUGUGCGUGCUGACCCAGGGCGGGAUCCUCUCCUGGCCUUUGCCCCUCGGCCCUCUGAGCUUGGACCCCCAGACCCUCGCCUGGCCAUGGGCAGUGUGGGCAGUGGGGUGGCCCAUGCCCAGGAGUUUGCCAUGAAGAGUGUGGGCACCCGCACAGGGGGUGGGGGCAGCCAGGGCAGUUUCCCCGGCCCCCGCAGCAGUGGUGGUGGGGCGAGCAGGGAGAGGCCAGGCCGCUACCCCUCAGAAGACAAGGCUCUCGCCAACUCCCUCUACCUCAACGGCGAGCUGCGGGGCAGUGACCACACUGAUGUCUGCGGCAAUGUGGUGGGCAGCAGUGGUGGCAGUAGCAGCAGCGGUGGCAGUGACAAGGCCCCACCACAGUAUCGUGAGCCCAGCCAUCCGCCUAAGCUCCUGGCCACCUCUGGCAAGCUAGACCAGUGCUCAGAGCCGCUAGUUCGGCCUUCAGCCUUCAAGCCCGUUGUACCCAAGAACUUCCACUCCAUGCAGAACUUGUGCCCCCCGCAAACCAAUGGUACUCCUGAGGGGCGACAGGGUCCUGGUGGUCUCAAGGGCGGACUAGACAAGUCUCGGACCAUGACCCCAGCGGGCGGGGGUGGGGGCGGCCUCUCAGACUCCGGCCGGAACUCACUCACAAGCCUGCCCACCUACAGCUCCAGCUAUAGCCAGCACCUGGCGCCCCUCAGUGCCUCCACCAGCCACAUCAACCGCAUCGGCACUGCCAGCUACGGUGGUGGCAGCGGCGGCAGCAGCGGUGGUGGCUCGGGCUACCAGGACCUGGGAACCUCCGACAGUGGGCGGGCCUCCAGCAAGAGUGGGUCGUCCUCCUCCAUGGGUCGGCCAGGCCACCUGGGGUCUGGGGAGGGUGGAGGUGGAGGCCUGCCCUUCGCGGCCUGCUCACCACCCUCGCCCAGUGCUCUGAUCCAGGAGCUAGAGGAGCGGCUGUGGGAGAAGGAGCAGGAGGUGGCAGCCCUGCGGCGGAGCCUGGAACAGAGCGAGGCCGCGGUGGCCCAGGUGCUGGAGGAGCGGCAGAAGGCGUGGGAGCGCGAGCUGGCUGAGCUGCGGCAGGGCUGCAGUGGGAAGCUGCAGCAGGUGGCCCGCCGCGCCCAGCGCGCCCAGCAGGGCCUACAGCUGCAGGUGCUGCGACUGCAGCAGGACAAGAAGCAGCUGCAGGAGGAGGCAGCCCGGCUGAUGCGGCAGCGGGAAGAGCUUGAGGACAAGGUGGCCGCCUGCCAGAAGGAGCAGGCUGACUUCCUGCCCCGGAUGGAGGAAACUAAGUGGGAGGUGUGCCAGAAGGCAGGGGAGAUCUCCCUCCUGAAGCAGCAGCUGAAGGACUCGCAGGCCGACGUGUCCCAGAAGCUGAGCGAGAUCGUGGGGCUGCGCUCGCAGCUGCGGGAGGGCCGGGCCUCGCUGCGGGAGAAGGAGGAGCAGCUGCUCAGCCUGAGGGACUCCUUCGGCAGCAAACAGGCCAGCCUGGAGCUGGGUGAGGCCGAGCUGCCCGCGGCCUGCCUCAAACCUGCGCUGACCCCCGUGGACCCGGCGGAGCCCCAGGAUGCCCUGGCCACGUGCGAGAGCGACGAGGCCAAGAUGCGCCGGCAGGCCGGGGUGGCCGCCGCUGCCUCGUUGGUUUCCUUGGACGGGGAGGCGGAUGCUGGCGGGGAGAGCGGGACGCGGGCCCUGCGGCGGGAGGUGGGGAGGCUGCAGGCCGAGCUGGCGGCCGAGCGGCGAGCCCGGGAGCGCCAGGGAGCCAGCUUCGCGGAGGAGCGCCGCGUGUGGCUGGAGGAGAAGGAGAAGGUCAUCGAGUACCAGAAGCAGCUGCAGCUGAGUUACGUGGAGAUGUACCAGCGCAACCAGCAGCUGGAGCGGCGGCUGCGGGAGCGCGGGGCUGCGGGGGGUGCCAGCACACCCACCCCGCAACACGGCGAGGAGAAGAAAGCCUGGACGCCCUCCCGCCUCGAGCGCAUUGAGUCCACAGAAAUCUGACCCCCCCCCCCCCACCAACAUGGGCAUGUGGCCUUUUGACAAAUGCCCUGUCAAAGGCCAGAGUCCACAGUGUCUCCUCCCCACCUUCUCUCUUCCCCAUGUCCCCCAUGUCCCCAGACCAAAGAGGUUCUCAAAGCAGCUGUGACCAGACCCCUCCCCUCCCCCCACUGGGGGCCCUCCGGGCCCUAUGGCUGGGCAACCCACUCGGACCCUCCUCCCAAGGAAGGGAUAGAGGGAGGCAGAAUGAGUGGGGGUUGAGGGGCCCAGGCAGCAGGGGAGCCCAUGCUCCCCUUAUUAGUGCUGCUUUGUUAGAGAUGGAGAUAGCAGGCCUGAAGUGCCAUGAGGUGCCCCCGUCCCUUGGUAGGUCUGGGCUCCUACUGUUGGCCACCCCGGUGUCCAGUGAUGCUCUCUGUGGUCACCUCCUAGGCCAUGUAGCCUGAGAGGGCCUGCAUGGGAUCUGCUGAAGCUGACAGACCUUGGGCUCCUGGCCUCUCUCCUUCCUGCUCUAUUACCCCUCCCUGGGCAGAUUGGCAGGACAAGUGGGAGCAGAUGGCCUGUCUGUGGUUGAGAGGGCUACUUGCCCAGCCCCUCCCCCGCCAAGGUCUCUUGGGCUUAGGCCUCAGAGCCUGGCCUGGUCCUGAGUGUAUGUCUGUAUGUGCGUAUCAGGCCGGAGGGGAGGCUGGGGUGGAGGUUCAGUGCCCGGGGAAGAUCUGCCCUCCUGUACUUGGGAAGGUUCGCCUGGAGGCUUUUUAGCUCUACCCCACCCUUCUGGCCAGGAUCCCACAGGGUGAUAGCCCCAUCUGCUUGGCUCACCCCACACCCAGGGCCACUGUCCGGCUCUAACUACAGCUAGUAAGUGCUACCUGCCUCUCAGGCACUCCCCUCACCCAGUUUCUGAGGUCAUAUGAGUGUCUGUGAUGUCUUCCUGUGUCUUCUCCCACUCGAUUCCCCCAGCCUCCCUCUGCUUUCACGCUCAGAACAUCAUUGUCCUAGGCCGCCUCUUCCCCCAAACCUCACCUUUUCUUCCAGUAGAAAAUUCUGCUUGAUCUUUGGUGCACUGCCCACUUCCAAGCUCCAAUGGGCCCAAGCCUGAGCCAGAGGCCUUUGUUUUGGGGGGCGAGGGGGAUGGUUGUGAUUGCCCUUGAAGGA